AUGUUAAAAAUUAUUUUUUUUUUAUUAUUUUUAAUUCCUUUUUGUUUUAUUAAUAAUAUAUAUUGAAUGGUACAAAUUAUAAUAUUUUUUAUUAGAUUUAUUUUUUUAUUAAUAAAUAAUUUUAUAAAUUAUUGAUCAGAAAUUUCUUAUUUUUUAGGUUGUGAUAUAUUAUCUUAUGGAUUAAUUUUAUUAAGUUUAUGAAUUUGUUCAUUAAUAUUAUUAGCUAGAGAAAUAAUUAAUAAACAUAAUAAUUAUAAAAAUUUAUUUUUAUUAAAUAUUAUUAUUUUAUUAUUAUUGUUGAUUUUAACUUUUUCAAGAAUAAGAUUAUUUAUAUUUUAUUUAUUUUUUGAAAGAAGACUAAUUCCUACAUUAUUUUUAAUUUUAGGUUGAGGUUAUCAGCCAGAACGUUUACAAGCUGGUUUAUAUUUAUUAUUUUAUACUUUAUUAGUUUCUUUACCUAUAUUAAUUGGUAUUUUUUAUUUAAUAAAUAAAAUUGGUUCUAUAAAUUUUUAUUUAAUAAAUAAUUUUAUGUUUAAUUACGAUUUAUUAUAUUUUUGUUUAUUGUGUGCCUUUUUAGUAAAAAUACCAAUAUUUUUAGUUCAUUUAUGAUUACCUAAAGCUCAUGUUGAAGCUCCAGUUUCUGGGUCUAUAAUUUUAGCAGGUAUUAUAUUAAAAUUAGGAGGUUAUGGAAUAUUACGAGUUAUUAGUUUUUUACAGUUAAUAAAUUUGAAGUAUAGAUUUGUUUGAAUUAGAAUUAGAUUAGUAGGAGGUGUAUUAGUUAGAUUAGUUUGUUUACGUCAAACUGAUUUAAAGGCUUUAAUUGCUUAUUCAUCUGUUGCUCAUAUAGGAAUUGUUCUAUCAGGACUUUUAACUAUAACUUAUUGAGGUUUAUGUGGUUCUUAUACAUUAAUAAUUGCUCAUGGUUUAUGUUCUUCUGGGUUAUUUUGUUUAGCUAAUGUAUCUUAUGAACGUCUUGGAAGUCGAAGAAUAUUAAUUAAUAAAGGUUUAUUAAAUUUUAUACCUUCGAUAACUUUAUGAUGAUUUUUAUUAAGAUCAGCUAAUAUAGCAGCUCCUCCAACAUUAAAUUUAUUAGGAGAAAUUUAUUUAUUAAAUAGAAUUGUUUCUUGAUCUUGAAUUUCUAUAAUUUUAUUAUCUUUUUUAUCUUUUUUUAGAGCUGCUUAUACUUUAUAUUUAUAUUCUUUUAGUCAGCAUGGUAAAUUAUUUUCUGGAGUAUAUUCAUUUAGAAGAGGUAAAAUUCGAGAAUAUUUAUUAAUAUUGUUACAUUGAUUGCCUUUAAAUUUAUUAAUUUUAAAAAGAGAAUCAUUUAUAUUAUGAUUAU